GGUCGGAUCCAUAAACUACACUUGAAAAAUACUAUCCACUCACAAAUAUUACAAAUCGAGGGACGAAGGUCGGUCCGGCCACUAACGUCCUACUCGCAAAAACCUACUUAUGGUGCCACAACACGGAGUUCCAUGAAUCGACAAAAUGCUCGUAUUCUUAAUACAGACAUGGUGGGGAAAGGGAAAAGUAUAAGAAGUCGAUCACAUUCUUCGUGAACUUCUCUCAAUCACUAAACCAUCUGCAUUUCUACAGACCAGAAAAUGGAUCCCAUUAAGAAUAACAUGGCCGCAUGGCUUCUAUACGAAAAGGCUCCAAACAUGGAAGUCGCACCAGGACCCAAGCCCAAUCCUGCCGAAAAUGAAGUUGUGAUCAAAGUGGCCUAUGCAGCCGUGAAUCCCACGGACUGGAAGAUGCAAGACUCCCCCUACUUCAAACUAACAUAUCCUGUCAUUCUCGGGACCGACAUUGCUGGGACAGUCGUCCAAUUGGGCUCCGGAGUAACACGAUUCAAAAUUGGCCAACGAGUGAUAGGGCACUGUGACAGCAUCCUGACCCAGAAGAAGACCAACGCUGGCUUUCAACUCUACUCUACAUGCCUUGAGAUCCUAGUCGCUGAACUACCUGACUCGGUUCCAUUGUCAAGUGCUGCUGUUCUGCCACUUUCAAUCUCGACGGCAUCUACUGGGCUUUUCAAGGCUUUGAAACUGCCUCUUCCGUCACUACACCCAGAGCCAACAGGACAGGCUAUUUUGAUAUGGGGCGGCAGUUCUUCCGUUGGCUCAACAGCAAUUCAGUUGGCAGUGGCGGCCGGACUGACUGUGGCUACCACGACUAGUCCACAAAACCAUGCGUACGCGAAGAGUUUGGGAGCCGCAUAUUGCUUCGACCAUAAAGAUCCCGACGUUGUUGAGAAGAUUUUGAAAGUCCUCAAGAAGGGUGAUGUAGCCCUAGAUGUCAUAAGUACCGAGAGUUCGCAAAAGGCUAGUGCAGAGAUCAUAAACAAAAUUGGUGGUGGUAAACUGCCUGUCGUUCACAAGCCACUACCAACUAGGUAUGAUAACGUCGAGACAAUUUUCGUCAAUGGACUUGAUCCAGGGCUUGUUGAUCUCGAUCUCGGACGUGCUAUUUGGGGCAAAUACAUUCCUCAAGCAUUGGCAGCUGGAAGCUUUCAAACAAAGCCUGAUCCACUUAUAAUUGAAGGUGGGCUGGAGAAGGUCCAAGACGGGAUCAACAUUCUGAGAAAAGGAGUUUCGGCGAAGAAGGUUGUGAUUGAGAUUGCGAAGCAUGCAUGAAAUCUGGUGCUCGGUACUGCUAAUGGUCUCGCUAUUCCAUGCUAGACAAUCGAAUGACUGCUUCAUUGUCACCCAUUUAAACAGAAUACUCUUCAAACUUCCUCAUGAUGUUAGAUCAUUCCUCUUCAUGUUCUCGGCAGAUCCAACAAUUUCCAAAGUGAGACCAACCUCGAUAAUACUCGCACGAGGCGCAGGAAUCGCGUUCACGUGUUGAAUUUCACUCUCAUACUUUCUCCGGCAAAUGUUGCUCCACAUUACUUGCCUCAUUCUCAAAAGACUCGGCUUCUUCUGCCUCAAACUUCCGUUCCAACGUCCCAUUCUGGAUACCCUUCUUUUCCAAGUACGCAAUUAAGAGAACCAAAGUUAGGUGCAUCGGUCACGGGAUAAAAGAUGAGUGGCCACCAAGUCGAGAAGCCGAAG